AUGGCGCCCACGCCGGGGACCCUGCGCCCCCGGACGACCCCGCCCCCGCGGCAAAAAGUCCCCCCAGCGGACGCCCGGCUCCGAUUCGGCCGAGCCCAGCCGCCCGGUCGAGGGGGGUGCCGCUGCCUGCCGGACCCGCCCGUGGAAAAUCCGAGGACGGGCCCCGGCCGCCCCGGCACCCGGCCCACCUUGGGCAAACCGGGGACGCCGAGUCCGAUGGCGCCCACGCCGAGGACCCUGCGUCCCCGCCAGACCCCCUGGCCGCAGGUCGAAAGACCCCUCCCCAGACACACCGCGUACAACACGCGAGUCAAUGGGAAAUUCGCCAUCGAGGGCGACGCCGGACGACCCGACGGCGCGGCGGCGGAGGGCCCGGCCCGCCCCGGGCAAACCGAGGACGGCGGAUCCGAUGGUGCCCACGCCGGGGACCCUCCGCCCCCGGACGACCCCGUUCUCGGGGAAAACGCUCCGCCGGGCGGACCCCCGGCCCCUUCCCCCGCUGCCUCGAGAUCGGCCGGUCACAAGGACCAAAGAACAAAAAGACAAAAGGACAAAAGACAGAAAAACAGAAAGACUAAAAGACAAAAAGACAGGACAAAAGAAAGACAGGACGCUUUUUGGCCGUUGGGGAUCCGCAGGUCAGAACCUUCUGCUUAA